AUGUCACUAAAAUAUAACGAAGAGUUUAAAUACGCAUUACGUGAUAUAGCAAACAACUCGUUCAAACUGGAAAACCAAUUUGACAGAGUUCGUUGUACUGAAUGGGUUCAUAAGCUGGUAAUGCUGUCAGAUGACUCUUUAGAAAAUAUUAAAAUUCGCAAUGAUUAUGCUCAAUAUUUACGUAUAAUGCUUAGAGCUGGUGUUCUGCAUGGAAUCUUUUCCAACAGUCCACCUACAACUUUAAUACCUUUCCCUGAAGCUAUGGGAAAACUAAUAGCAUCAAAAGUAACAUCUCUUCCACCUAUGGGACCAAUAAAUGUGUAUAUGAAGCACUGGUCUCCAGAUGGACGAGCUUAUGUCGCUAUAAAACCGAUACCUGGAAAAGGAGUAUUAACGUAUUUAUCAGUCACUCCCAUAACAGAUGGACAACAUAAUUAA